GUUAUGGCGGAAUUCAAGCGUGAAAUCAAUUUAAAUGUGCUAUAAUCUUGUUUUAUUUAUGACUACAUCAUGGAGAUUAGCUUCAUUGUGUUGGUUCUUUAUCUAAGAUUGGUGCAACCUCAAGGCAUUCCAAGUGAGUGUCAGAACUGUGGGUGCUGUAAACCCGGUCAAGAUAAAUGUUAUUAUGAUGGUUACUGCACGUAUGGAUGCCUGGAUGGAUAUUGGAAUACGAAGUGCACUUUGAAAUGCAAGUACAUUAACUGUAAAAGGUGUGCACGUAGUGAUGGCUCCUACUGCCAUGAGUGUAAGACUGGUUUUUAUGGCGACGAGUGUGGAUCCUCAUGUGCACCUUAUUGUGAAGUAUGUCAUAGGCGGGAUGGUAGGUGUUAUUCUUGUGUAAAAGGACACUGGGGAACAAAUUGCAGCAAUAAAUGUGGUGACCAGUGUAAAAAGUGUCACCGAUGGAGAGGUUGUGCAGAAUGUAACACGGGGUAUCAUGGCUCUAAAUGUGAAAAUAACUGCGGAUACUAUUGUGUCAGUUGUGAUAUUCAAAACGGAUGUACUGCAUGCAAACCUGGCUACUAUUCCAAUAACGGAGGAUGUAAGCAUUGUAAAAAUAAAAACAGAGGGUGCACCUGUACAUCAUAUUACAAUUGCGUAGGUUGCACUAAAGGGUAUUUCCUACACAUAGACCGUUGUUUACCAUGUUCUCAUCAUUGUACAACGUGCAUUAGUUCCACGCAGUGCACUUCUUGUACGGAAGGUCGAUUUGGAAAUAUAUGUCAACAUCAGUGUACAGGUGACUGUGUCAAUGGUAAUUGUGAUUCAUCGAAAGCCACUUGUCAAUGCAAUGCUAAUUAUGAAGGCAAGAAAUGUGACCAGUGUAUCGCUAGAUACUCUAAUAACGGUUGCAAGCAGAGGUGUUCCGAAGGCUGCGUCAACAAUGAAUGCGAUUCGUAUUCGGGAAUAUGCAGUCAAGGAUGCAUUAAUGGAUACUGGAACCCAACAUGCGACAAAAGGUGUAAUGCAGAAUGUUUAUCGUGCAAUCAAGCAGAUGGAUCGUGUUCACAAUGCAUAAACACUACAAAAUAUGGACAUAACUGUACACAGGAUUGUAGCAAUACCUGUAAAAAAUCCAUUUGUGACAUUACUGGAAAGUGUACAAAUGGAUGCAUAACAAAUACAUUUGGAAAGCAAUGUGAGAACACAUGUGAUGAACAUUGUAUUAAACGGGACAAUAACACGCUUUGUUCAGAAAAGACGGGAAUGUGUUUAUACGGCUGCGAGACUGGCUAUAAAGGAACAUUUUGUCCUCAAGAAGAGGAAAAACAAACAUCGUCAACAAUACUUGGUGGAGCAGUCGGUGGAGGAGUAGUAGCCCUUGCUGUCAUUGUGGUUUUUGGACUAUUUUUGCUUCGCAGAAGUUUCAGACGUACAAAUUCGAACAAUACAAACACAACACAUAACCGAGAACCCGAGAACUCUUCAUUAUACGCAACGAUGAACAAAGAAAAAGCUAACCGUGCAGCGAAUGCCAAUGAGGCUACCGACGAUGUUCACUCUGUAUCCAUGAUAAAGUAUCCCCAUUACCAGAGUCCACCACCGAAGGAAAAUACGCCUAUUUUGAUUGAACACAAUCUUGAAAUGGACGCAGAUAAAACAUGGGAACCCACAGUUAUGUCUGAAACAAAUGGUGGCGUUUAUUACAACAACGCAAGAGAAAUCAGCAAAUUUAAACUGUCUGUGGUCGAUUUACCUGAAUAUGUACAAAGCGUAUGCAUAGAGGAUCUGGAAGAAGAAUUUCAGAAAAUACCGUACGGUCUCAUGAAACCUUAUGAAGUUUCACAAAUGAAGCAUAACAUGAACAGAAACAGAUACAAAGGAAUAUAUCCGUAUGAUGAUACGCGUGUUGUAGUACGCGGAGGAGACACAGACUAUAUCAAUGCAAGCUAUAUAGACGGUUUCAGGAAACGAAAUGCAUAUAUAGCUACUUUGGGUCCGACUGCUAAGCAGCUUGGCGAUUUCGGUCAAUUCUGGCGAAUGGUCUGGCAACAAAAGGUGGAGAGGAUUGUAAUGGUGACCAACUUAGUAGAGGGUCAGGAAACCAAAUGUGACAAAUAUUGGCCGGAUCAGUAUCAAAGUAAAUUAUACGGCGAUACAGAAGUUGUGUGCACGUUUGAAAAACUGUACGCAGAUUUCAUUUGGAGACAGUUUACGUUUUCCAAGGGUAAACAGAAUAAAGAAGAAAGAAAUCUGCAUCACCUUCAGUUCACAGCGUGGCCAGACAAGGAUAUUCCUGAUAACGUCACAUCGAUUAUAGAGUUUAGACAGAAAGUGAACGCCUUACCGACUACCUUUGACGGACCAGUUAUUGUGCAUUGCAGUGCUGGCGUAGGAAGAACAGGAACCUACAUAGGUCUAGACGUUCUGACCAAAGAGGGUGAGGCAGAAGGAGCUAUUGAUAUCCCGGGAUGUGUUCUCAACAUGAGACAGAACAGACCCAACAUGGUUCAGACUUUGAAUCAAUACAAGUAUCUACACCAAGCUUUGGUCCAUUCAUUGACCCUUGAUUGUUCAUUGAUAAAAAUAGACUACUUCCAUGACUUUAUGCAUAUGAUGUCCAGCAAACAGGAGAUACAGAAGCAGUUUGAGAAAAUGCAGUUACACCAGGAGCAAAAGUCUGACAAGGAACUACAGGCUACGGAAAAGAAUCGGCUUCUGAUAAAAAAGAACAGAAAACACGCAGAUAUACCAGGUGAUGCCAACAGACCACGUCUUUAUUUGUUUUUGAACUUAGGCGAAUCUGAUUAUAUCAAUGCGAUAUACAUCAACAGUUUCAAAACAAAAAACCGCUUCUUGGUUGCACAAACACCGCUGCCUGAUACAGUCUCCGAUUUCAUUGCACUUGUUAUUCAAGAAAACUGCUCCUGUAUUGUCAGUAUGGAGACACAGGGGAUUGGCUUGUACGUUCCUGGUGACAAUCAAUCAUUGAUGAAUUUUCAACAAGAGAUCAAAGUACGAGACUCUUUGUAAAAAGAAUGCUGCAUUUUAAGCACGACGGAAAGACCAAGUCGGAUGUGAGAAUACCACAUUAUGAAUAUUUGGAUUGGGAUAGAAAUCACAAUACUCCGAAGUCAGCAGAACAUUUUGUUUCUUUCAUCAAAGAGGUUGCAGACGCGUCCAAAUCAUCUCACUUGAACGGACCGAUACUGGUGCAUUGUAUGAACGGCGCUGGAAAGAGCGGACUUGCAUGUGUUGUAUCGACAUUACUUGAAACACUGAGUGAAGAUAAUGAAGUCAGUGUGGUCAAUGCGGUGAGGAAAGUCAGAGCAAGACGACCACUUUCCAUUCCAAAUAAGGAACAAUUUUACUUUUGCUACGAGUGUGUUCUCCAAUCCUUGAAUGCAACAGAUACUGCUGUGUAUUACAACACAAGUGCGGAUAUCAAGAGGAUAUGAACACGGCUGACCAUGUUAGAACAAUGAACGUCGAUGUGUUGACCUAUUCAAGAAAACAUGAAUAUUUACAUGCUAGUGUUCAUCUGUCUAUCUAAACAUUGUUUUGUGAAUAUUAUUGUAAAUAUAUGCAACAGUAGAUGCAGUAAGUGUUGCUUUAAUGUUUUCUAAUCGAAUUGUA